UAGGUAGUGGCUGCCCUGCUCUGAUAUGAAUGCGCUUAUCCUUUGGACAUUCCGUUGCGGCAUUGUAGUGUUGUUCCCUGUCAUGGGAAUGGCCUCUGAGGACGGGGCGGCCUGAUUGAUUAUCUGUUGUAUGUACGCGUGCCCAUGCUCAAUCCAGAAGGCCUCGUUCGCUCCGCGACCCGCUUACGUUUCCGCUCCGCCUGACGCUCGCAUUCUCUCAGUUCAGAAUGCGAGAGAACCAGAGAUGGCGGGGUCUUCUGAAGGACAACGAGGGUUUCAUGCUGGUGUCAAGGAGGUUUGUGUGGGCCGUGAUUUUGGGUGGCGCGUUGCUGUGCUAUGUCAUGGCGUUGAUGGGGUCCGCAUCGUGCAGGUCACCGUUGCUGGUGUGGGAUUCGGGUGUUCGACUUGUGGCUUCAUCCGUGAAGCCUGCGGCUACUGCCGUUGAUAUGGUGGAUCCGGCAAUGUGGUCCGGUGAUGUUCGAGAUUUGUCGAUGGCGUGGAAUCGAUUAUGUUAUGGAUCGAAGCCGCCUGUGACAAUUCGCAUCGCAGUGUUUGUGAAGAAAUGGCCCAUUGGAGGGACCCCCGGUGGAUUGGAGCGUCACGCCAUGACGCUGCAUCGCGCGUUGGCGGAUCGAGGUCACGUGGUGCAUGUAUUUACGAUGAGGCAGCCGGGUGCGGGGACAAGUGGUGAAGAAGUGGAGGCGGAGGAGGAGCGUCAACACUCAAACACACACAUUCAUUUCAUGAAGCCAAAUGAAGCAGGCGGCUUCGACUUUGUUCCCGCGUGGGAGAAAUUUAGUGAAAUAAAUGCCACCCACCCGUUUGACAUUGUGCACUCAGAGAGUGUCGCGUUGCCUCACUGGAAGGCGCUUCCGAUUGAGAAGCUUGCCGCGUCGUGGCAUGGGAUUCAAUUCGAGACCAUUCACAGUGAUAUUGUGGAGGACUUGAUUCGCAAACCUGAUGAGAACCGCACCGAAGGUUUAAUGCAGACAAUGAGCUCGCGCUUGGUGCGUGUCGCCGACGAGGUUCGCUUCUUCCCUAGCUACCGGCACCACGUUGCGACCAGUGACUACGUUGGGGAUGUGCUGCGCACCAUAUAUGAGAUCCCUCUGGAGAACGUGCACAUUAUCCUCAACGGGGUCAACGAGCAGGAUUUUCGACCUAAUCCCUCUGCGGGUGCUGCUUUCAGGGCUAAGUACGGGGUGCCGUCGAAUGCGAGUCUGGUGCUUGGAGCAGCUGGACGAUUAGUGCGUGACAAAGGCCAUCCUAUCCUAUUCGAGGCAUUCUCUGAAAUUCUGAAGACGCACAAGGAUGUGUAUCUGCUGGUGGCGGGAUCCGGCCCGUGGGGUUCACGUUAUGAAGAGCUUGGCCCGAAUGUGAAAACCAUUGGGCCUCUAAUUCCCUCGCAGCUUUCAGAGUUUUACAACGCGGUGGACAUAUUCGUGAACCCGACCCUACGUGCACAAGGUUUAGAUAUCACCCUUUUGGAAGCUAUGCAGUGUGGUAAACCCCUUCUGGCCACCCACUUCUCAAGUAUCGUAUGGAGUGUUAUUACAGAUAAAAAAAUUGGCUAUACAUUCUCCCCCAAUGUUCAAUCGCUCGUCGUAGCGCUCGAGAAGGUGAUCAAAGACGGCAAAGACAAGUUGCGCGAGAAGGGCCAAACGUGCUUGGCUUACGCGUCCAAAAUGUUCACUGCCAAGAAGAUGGCGUCUGCUUACGAGCGCCUUUUCCUUUGUAUAACAAACGAAGAAUACUGUCAGUAUCCCUCACCCAUCGACGAACAAGAGUGCCACUGAGCAAGUCAUCGGAGCCGCUCUCUCUUGUGAUUCCAUCAUCAGAGGUUUGAGGAAUUUGACUUGAAGAACACUUUACCCAGACAAGUACCAGGUUUGAUUCCCUGAUCAUUUCAUGGGGCUACGCUGCUGUGAUUUCAAAUGCCAAGAAAUUUUAUCUGUCUAUAGUCGGGUAAAUUUUGUGACAUAAGUUGCAUCAAAAAACUCAGCACAGGUUCCAGGUUUGAGAGACGUGAAGGCGAUUUUUCCCGAGGAUGCUGAUGCUGGAAAUGAGCCCAGAACAUGUGCUAUUAGACAAUGCGCAUAGAUGUGUAGUUUAGUAGCACGCAGUAUUGACAGAUUGUAGCGAGGACCCCCAUGGCUCCUGCAUACGUCCUGUACAUUUUAAGCAGUGCAGAUGUUGUUUAGAAGUUUCGUUUAGCCAUAGGCUUCCGCUCCACAUCACCUCUCUUUUUGAGUUUGUGAAAAAUAUUACUUAUCAUGCACGUGGUAACGGAAGAAUUUGAAGAGAGGAGUUUCAGGUUCACCAAUGUCGACUACAUUCCCAAAUUGUUGCGAUUUAAGACACGUCAGCUCAUGUUUUACUUAAGCGUAAGUUUAUUUCAUUUUUAGCUUUGUAGAUCGGUAUAUGAACCCUCUGGCGGUAAAGCGGUUUACUGCAAAUUUUCUUACAGCAAUCUGAAUUGAUUUAUUUAUU